AUGGUUGUUCCACAAUCUCAAGUAGCAUCAAAUGAAUCUAGAUUAGAACUAGAUAAAAAUAAGAAGAAUUACAUUAAUACAAUAACUCUAUCAAAACGUUUAUCCGAUCGUUAUUCAGGUCAUCAUUCAUUACAGAAUAUAUUUAAUCCUGAAUCAUGUCGUUUACGUGAUAAAUUUAAACAAAUGUGUGAAACACUUUUACUCGAUGAUCCAAUUGAUUAUGGUUUAAAAAUUAUUGAUCUUCUUUGGCGUAAAGCUGCCUAUGACCCCAUACAAAUAUUUAAACGAUAUCGACAAGAAUAUGAUGAAACAAC